AUGCAUUCGAACCUCGGGCCUCUUCUCGGCCUCGCCGCCUUCAUGUUCCCUCUUGCCUCCGCCUCUUUCGAUGGCAAUCUCAACUACCACCCCCCGUCCGCUCGCUCCGAGCACAUCAACCUCGGUCUUUCUCUUCCUGUCAUCACUUCCCGCACGCUCAAACGCUCCUCUGCCGCUUACCAGCCCUCGGAGCUGAACUUCACCCACGGCGUUGCUUCUGGAGACCCCUACCCGAACUCGGUGAUUCUUUGGACUCGCGUGGCGCCUACUUCUGAGGCUGAUAAGAGCAACGUGUCCGUCUCAGGAACGGUGGACCUCUACAGCCAUGAGACGGACGAGUACAUCAAGGCCGAUGCGAACCCCAUUUGCCUUGAGUGGAAGGUGUGGGAGCUGCAGCCCGCGAAGGUGCAGAAGGGACACAAGGAGACUGCCAAGGACCAGGUGAAGGUCAUAGGCAAGGGGAAGGCGUAUACAACUAGUGAUAUUGACUUUACGGUCAAGGUUGAAGCUCAAAGAUUGAAGCCUUGGACCCUUUACAACUACCAGUUCACCGUCUGUGGCUCCAACAACACCAGCCCUAUCGGAAGGACCAAGACUGCGCCGGCUGAGGAUGCCGAUGUCGACGAGGUCAAACUGGCUGUGUUCUCUUGCUCAAACCACGCCAAGGGCUUCUUCAACGUUUACGGCAAUGCUGCUCGGAAAGACAACCAUGAUUACGUUGUCCAUCUCGGUGACUACAUCUACGAAGAUGCCGGAGGCGGCCCAAGAGCACACAAGCCUGCCAACAAGCUAUUCACUCUGUACGACUACCGGACACGCCAUGGACAGUACCGUACCGACAACGACCUGCAGCUUUUAGCUCAGAACUACGCCUGGAUUCCCACCUGGGAUGAUCACGAAUUUGCCAACAACGGCUACCGCGAUGGCUUCUCGGCGCUCAACAACACCGAGGCCUCCUUCCGAAACGACGGUCCUUCCAUCAGCGUCGACACACGCAAGAUCAACGCCGUGCGUGCCUACUUCGAGUGGAUGCCGAUCCGCCAGGUGGACCUCGACGAUAACCUGCGCAUCUGGCGCAACUUCAAGAUGGGCAAGCUGCUGGAUCUUAUCAUCAUCGACACCCGUAACUACGACCGCAGCAUUACGAGUUUAUCAGGCAAUGAAGCGUACAUCGAGGCGAUUAGGGACGAUCCUUCGAGGACGCUGAUGGGAGGCCGCCAGGAGAAGUGGUUCUUCAGGCAGUUGAGCGAGAGCAAGGAGAGAGCGGCUACGUGGAGAGUGGUGGGGAACCAGAUCGUCUUUUCAAGGAUUCUGGAUUCCAAGGGAGCACUUACGGGUACUGACAACUGGAGUGGAUACGUCGCCAGCAGGAACCGCACCCUCAAGCAUCUGUACGACAACGGCAUUACCGAUAACAUCUUCUUGUCUGGCGACAGCCAUCAGAAUUGGGUUUCCGACCUUGUAUGGCUCGGCACCAAGCCCUACGAUGGCACCACCGGUGCAGGAGCCAUCGGCGUCGAGCUCGCCGGAACGUCCGUCACCUCUUCCGGCGCCAGCGGCAACAUCGCCACCGUUCAAAAGGCAACCAAGACCAAGGUUGACAGCAACGAAGAGCUGCAAUGGCAAGAGGGUUACUACCGCGGAUACUUCCACCUCUCGGUCAAGAAGUCCAAGAUCGAUGCCCAGUUCUUCGGCUCACCCAGCGUUGCCACCCGAAACGGUUGGGAUCUGCCCCUGGCUAACUUCACCAUGCUCGCUGGAGACAGCCAUUUGCAAAGACCGGUUGGGGGUGGAAAGGUUGAGGCGGGAAGUUUGAAGGGAGGCAAGACAGUGGGGACGAACGUGACGCUUGAUACAAACGCGUGGAAGUGGCAGAAGGUGGGCUUCGAGCAGAUGUUUGUGAAAUAA